AUGGCUUCUUCUACUUCAAUCCUUCUAGGCCCACCUUCCGUCGCCUCCACCGAGGCCCCGAUCAUCAAUUCUCCGGAAACCUCUGUUUCCGUUGACCAAAAUCUGGUCUCCAAAACCGCUACACUAAACCUCGGAGAAGAAAAACCACCGAUGGGCCUAACCGAAAACUUAUCGCCGACUUUUCUCUCCACCGGGAAUCCAUGCCUCGAUUUCUUCUUCCACAUCGUCCCCGACACAUCUCCCGUCGAUCUGAUCCAACGGCUGGCGGUUUCUUGGUCUCACGAUCCGUUGACCACGUUGAAGCUCGUCUGCAAUCUUCGGGGCGUUCGAGGAACCGGGAAAUCAGACAAAGAAGGGUUUUACACGGCGGCGUUUUGGCUCUACCAGAAUCACCCCAAAACCCUAGCUUUGAAUCUCCCUGCUCUCGUCGAUUUUGGGUAUUUGAAAGAUCUGCUCGAGAUUCUGUAUCGGAUCCUUGAAGGUCAACAGUUGGAGAGAGGGGCGAAUCGGGCGUGGAGGAAUAAGAUUCAGAGGAAAUUCAAGCGUACGAGAAAGAAUCGCUCCGAGGUUUCUGGGGAUUUGGGAGAUCGGAUUCUGGAAAACGCGGAGGAGCUCUCUGGUCCCGGCGAUAAAAUCAAGGCUAGGGCUUUACGGAAACAGAGAGAGUUGGAGAAGGCCAAGAGAGCUUUAGAGAGGUAUAGAUCCGAUGCUAAUUACAGACUACUCUUUGAUCGAAUCGCUGAUUUGUUUGCCGAUUUGCUGAAAUCGGAUUUGAAGUUUUUGAAUUCGAACGAGCCGAAUAAGAUUGGUUUAGCUUCGAAGUGGUGUCCUUCUGUUGAUUCUUCUUAUGAUAAGACUACUUUGAUAUGUGAGGCGAUUGCUAGAAGGAUCUUCCCUAGAGAAGAUGAGUAUAAAGAAAUCGAGGAUUCUCAUUACGCUUAUAGGAUUAGAGAUAGGUUGAGGAAACAAGUUCUUGUUCCAUUGCAUAAAGCUCUUGAAUUGCCUGAGGUUUCUAUGAGUGCAAAGGAAUGGAAUCUGUUGAAGUACAAUAGAGUUGCUUCUGUGGCUAUGAAGAACUACAGGACGCUCUUUGUUGAGCAUGAUAGCGAGAGGUUUAGUGAGUUUCUUGGAGAUGUGAAGUCCGGCAAGGCCAAGAUCGCUGCUGGUGCGCUGCUUCCUCACGAGAUAAUCAGACAGCUUGAGGAGGAUGAUAGUGAGGGUAAAGUUGGCUCUGAAGUUGCAGAGCUUCAAUGGGCGAGAUUGGUGGAUGAUGUUGCCAAGAAAGGGAAGAUGAAGAACUCUUUGGCGAUUUGCGAUGUCUCCGGGAGCAUGUAUGGAACACCUAUGGAGGUUUGCGUGGCGCUUGGGUUAUUGGUUUCGGAGCUUAACGAAGAGCCGUGGAAAGGGAAAGUUAUCACCUUUAGCGAAAACCCGCAGCUUCAUUUAGUCACCGGGUCGAGCCUGAGAGAGAAGACAGAGUUUGUGAAACAAAUGGAUUGGGGAAUGAACACGGAUUUUCAGAAGGUGUUUGAUCGGAUUCUUAAGGUCGCGGUCGAGGGUAACUUAACCGAUGACCAGAUGAUCAAGCGGUUGUUUGUGUUCAGCGACAUGGAGUUCGAUAGUGCAACAAAAGACAGUGGCAUGGACAGUGAUUGGGAGCUUGAGUACGAGGAGCGCUUGAAGAAGGCAAAGCAACGGUCUCAGGAGAAAUGGGAGACGGAUAAUGAGGUGGCUCAGAGGAAGUAUAAGGAGAAGGGUUUUGAGAAUGUUCCCGAGAUUGUGUUUUGGAACUUGAGGGACUCGUCGGCUACACCUGUGGUGGCUAAGCAGAAAGGAGUGGCUAUGGUGAGCGGGUUUUCGAAGAAUCUACUGACCCUGUUUCUCGAGGAAGGUGGGAUUGUGAACCCUGAAGAUGUCAUGUGGUUAGCCAUGAAAGGUGAAGAGUACAAGAAGCUUGUUGUUUAUGACUGA